UAGAAAUCCCCCUCCGUUGGUUCCGGCCAUCUUUGGUUCAACAAAACAUCGACAAAUGCCGUGAUCAUUGUUUCUUUUUGGAUUCAAUUUUCAAUUCCAAUGAAUAGUCAUACUACUCGCGACCAAAGGUCUCAUCUCCAUCCUUCAUAAUGGCAGUAGGGCGAGAGUCUUCACCAUCCGAGCAGACACCUCUGAUUUCGUCAUCGCGCCCCAAUGAUGAGUUGAUCGCUAUCGUGAGCAUCCCGAGAGGGAUUGCGAUCGCUGCCUUCAUGGAGAUGUUGAUUCUAAUCCAAACGAUAAAUAUUUCUAUGAUGACAACGGCUCAAUCCGACAUCGCGGCCGAUCUAGAUGCUUUCGACCAAGCAACGUGGUUUACUUCGGCGUAUCUGAUCGCUGCAUCCAGCGUCACCCCAUUGACUGGGCGGCUUGCGGAGAUAUUCACACCCCGGCUCUAUGUCAUCUUUGCGAGCACUACGCUAGCCAUUGGCUUGUUCAUUACCGCGGCAGCACCCACCCUGACCGUCUUUCUCUUGGGCCGCGCCGUGGCGGGUGUUGGAAGCGGCGGAUUGAUGAGCAUUGCCAUCAUUCUGGUCGUCGAUCUCGCCUCUCCGAAACGCCGAGGUCUCUGCAUUGGCAUGAUCAAUGCCGGUUAUACCACGGGUCUUGCUUCUGGUGCAGUUCUGGCAGGUUUAAUGACUUCGUCCUUGGGUUGGCGUCUCAUAUUCUGGAUUCAAGCACCGGCCGCAUUAGUAUUGGGCCCGUUAUUGUUCCUGGCAAUUCCAGCUUCUUCGGGUGGCCGUGCGCCUUUGAACGCAAGGUCGAUUCUACGCCGCCUGGCUCGAGUGGACUAUGCAGGCGCUUUAGCAUUGACGCUUUCCGUCGUUCUACUCCUCUCAAGUUUGGCAUCGCCCGAGAUUCUCAUAUGGCCCCUGCCGCUCUCGGCCGUGUGCUUCGCGAUAUUCGUGUUCAUUGAAGCGCGGUGGACGACAAACCCAGUCAUUCCAGUCCGCUUGCUGCGGUCAAGAAGUGUCUUAAUGUCCUGCCUCGCAGGACUAGGAUUGAUGAUGGCUCGCUGGGCUGUCUUAUUCUACACGCCUGUUUACGCCAUGGCUGUUCGCGGUUGGUCCCCUGCAACUGCUGGUCUGAUUCUGGUGCCAACCAACGCUGGGUUUGGAACUGGGGGCCUACUUGUUGGAUGGUUACAUAUCCGCAGGUCGACCAGCUACUAUGCCUCAUGUCUGGUAAUUUUCGUUCUGUUUGCCGUGGCAACAUCGGCACUUUCAAUUCUCUCAACGCCCAAUUCUCCUACCUGGUUGUAUGUUGUGACCACGUUCUUAAACGGGCUGUUCGCCGGAUCCUUGAUGAACUAUACUCUGUCGCAUGUACUGCACCUCACAAGUCCCCAUGUGCAUUAUAUAGUCAGUUCAUUGAUUGCCAUGUCUCGAGGGUUCGCCGGCAGUUUCGGAUCGGCCGUGGGAGGUGGUUUCUUCACGCGAAUUCUCAAAGCCUCGCUGGAGGAUGGGUUUGCCCAGCAUGAUCUGCCCUCACGACCUGACCUGAUUCGGACAUUGCUCGGCAGCCCUGCUACAGUCAUGCGGCUGAAAGGUCCAGAGCAGGUAGUUGCCAUUCAAAGCUACGAACAUGCGAUCCGUAUGCUCUUUUUGGGGGGCAGCUUGGUGGCAUUGAUGGCUACUGCAUUCCAGGCAGCCACUGGAUGGACCUCGGAGGUUGAUAGCAAAAGCGAUCCCGAACGGGAAGUUUGAUUUGAUAGUAUUAACAUCGUCAAAAUUCAAUAGAAUGUGUCUUAUUGACCAACAAUUCCAUGUGGGCUUAUUUGAAAA